AGUCUGCGCGUCAGGGGGAAAAAAGAGAAAAGUUGCACGGUGACGCGCACAGAGAGUUGCGGAGCGUGUGCGCCUCUACUUGAGUCCUGAAGGGCAAAUAAGGGAGACGACCUUAACCGGGUGCACUUAUCUGAGUCUCAUUUCAAAUCCUUGUGCAUUCGUACAGUGUAGCCUGUCGCGCAUCAUAGAAAUAUAAGGUGCCGUGUUUGUCAAAGCAAACGUCAUCGUGGGUUUUUGGUGGGCAUGAUAUCACUGGUGACCUACAGUAUCACGGGAUGCGCCGCGCAAAGCGGGUCUAACAUGCCAGACGGGAGAGACAUGGACCUUCGGGAGGCACGCAUCAUCGUUUAUUGAGGAUAUACGUGUGUAUUAUUGGAUAUCUAUUUCCUUGGAUCAUAAGGACGUACUGUGACAAGACCGCCAGGAAGGAACCGGUGUAAAUAAAAUGCGCGUGAUUACACCGGCGCAGGCAAACUAUUCUCAGAUUUAUUGGGAUUUAUUUUAAAUGCUUACUACAGGCUGAUUUUAAUACUUAACGAGGCAAUUUUUCAUCUGCUUCUAAAACUUUAUUUAUUUAAUUGAAUCUUGGGUUUUGUAUGUUCCGGUGAACCAUGACAUGGACGACGAUUGCGCUGUUUUUUGAGAAUCUGCUAAGUAAAUUGUCACUGUUUGCGUGUUUGGAUUUGGUCGAUUUUAAAGUUGGGAAUAAUCAUUCAUAGAGAAAUAACAGCUGGACUGGUUAUAUCAUUUACUAUACAACUAUUUCAGACUUUUCUCGGUGAACUCAAACAAUGGGGAUCAACCUGCGAGUUCUUCUGGGAAUGUUUCAAGUCGUUUCUCUCACCAGAAUCCCCACACACUGUGCCAAGACUCCGUCAGACCACUGGAUCCCAACAGAAAGUCACAGAUCGGGAGAAGUGGUGAGGUGGUUGGAUGUCUAUCAGAAAAGCGGCUGUCAUCCCAGAGAGAUGCUGGUGGAGGUUUGGCAGGAGUUUUCAUGGGAGACGCAUCACCUUUUCUUGCCGUCAUGUGUAACACUGCGCCGCUGUGGAGGCUGUUGCUCAGACGAAGCACUGGAGUGUGUGCCGUCAAAGACACACACAAUCGUCAUGGAGCUUAUGAGGACCUCCUAUAUGAAGCAUGAACUGGUGCAGCUGCCCUUCACAGAACACAGCCAGUGUGAGUGCAGGCUAAAAGAAAAUUUUUAUGCAGCGCCAACCAGAGAAGGUCCACAGACCACGAGACGAGGAAGAAAGCGUCAAAGAGGAAAACCAAAGCGAAAGAAACACAUGGAGAAAAAGCAAAUGACACCUGUGCCAACUACACCCCCUCCUCCUCCACCUCCUACCCUCCCGCCUAGCUCCGCCCCUACACCACCUGUCAGAGAGGCGUGUCCGCCGUGCCCUUCCCGCAGGAUGACAUCACAGCCUCCCUCAUGUGAGUGCAGGUGCAGCUUGAGGGAGGUGAGCUGCACAAAGAGAGGAAAGACACUGAACCAGCACAGCUGCCGAUGUGAGACCCAAAGGGAAUAAUGAAAUUAAACCUCCCUCAUAAUCCACCUUUCAAACAUUGCACAGCUUCGAUGAGGUCAAGGUUCGCUUAUUCUUUUAUCACUCAGUCUAAAGUUUGGGUCUUGCCCAGAAUAAAGGUUUGUGUUCGGGAAUAAACCACAAACCCUCCCCCGGGCACCGGGCGCUCGGGCCCUGUCCUACACACUUUUGUGGCAGUAUUCGUUACAUAUACACAGCUCUGUUCCCAAAGGGUUAUGCAUACAAAAUACAUCACAUUGUUUGAAAUUGUUGUUCUGUAGAAGAUUUCUCACAACAGUCAAUCCAAAUGUCUUUUCUGCUACAUUCUGAUGAAAAUUCAAAACCUAUCAAGACUGUAGGGCGGACGCAAACGCUGUUUGAGCACAGCGAGUGACGCUUAUCACCGGAAAAGGGGAAUAUUUAGCAAUCGGGAGGUGAACCUUGGCUGUCAAGUGAGCUUUAUCCAAAACUUUCUGUGUCAAGAUGGACCGUCCUCUGGUAUUUUCAGCCUCCUGGGAUGAAUGAAUCAACACAGGCACGGACACACUGCUAGUGUGAUGCUAAUAAGGAUGAGUACACUGAGGACAAAGAGGAAAAGGAAGGAGUUUUUAAAUAAACUACUCAAGUGGAGUGUUUUUGAGAGGAUGGAUGUUGACAAACCUUUAACGUCGAGAGAACUUAAGUAUCUCGAAAAAAUUCCAGACGUCACGUAUGUGCCAACUGGAUGGAUGAGCGAUUAGACGGAUGGACAAGUGUCUGUGUGGUCUCAGUGGGGAAUAAUGAGGAUCUGUGCGUCUGUCCUAAUUUAUUCCUGGCCUCUAUAAGUCCAUAAUGUGGCUUCACAGACUGUAUCAAUGAGUCUUUUUUGUGUUUGUUUGAUUUGCUUUUUGUCCGACUCCUUCCUUUUGGGAUUUGAGAGCUUUCCCACUGGCCAGCCAGUGAGUUGAAUGCCAAUAGUAUAGAAACUUGGUGAUAUUCCAUUGGUGCUCGCACGCACGCAAACACACGCACGCUUUCUCUCUCUCACACCCUCAAUCACACUCUUUUGCAUUAGUUUCUCUCUUUAUCCCUUUCCCACAUUUGUCUCUUUUUCACUCCGUCUCUUUCGCUCUCUCCUUCACACACACAAACAAAUGCAAACAGGUAAAUAUAAGCUUUCCGGUGUUGAUAUUGAAAGAAGAAUAUGUUUUUUGUAAAGAAUACUAAUGUUAUUAUAGUCCAUUAUAGUACACUUAAAGAAUGUCGUCUUUAUCUCUGCUAUUUUCACCUAUAAAAGCAGGCACUGGCAUACUCACAGUUUCGACUGUGCAUGUGCUCUCAGAGGCCUCGGCAGGCUUCAAAAAAGGGAAAUACACACUUUUUGCGUGUUAUGGCGGUCUUAACCAUCUCACGUUGUUGGGAGUAUGACGUAUUUAUUUUUUAUAUUGAAUUGCAUUUUAUAUUAUGCUUUGUGAUGUUUCGUCUGUGUCUUUCAGAGACUUUUAUUUUGCUACAACUGUGAUGAUUUGAGAUUACUUAGUAUUUUGCCUGGAUUCUUUAGAGACGGACCGCUAGGAUGAAGCUAUCGCAUCAACGUUGAACACCAUGAGUAUCAGUGAACCUGCUGGUGGUUAAGCAACUCUUUCCAUGUUAUGUGUAGCAUUACUGUGACCACAAAACCAAUCAUAAGGGUCAAUUUAAAAAAAAACAAGCUUUCCAUUGAUGUAUGGUUUGUUAGGUGUUGUGCGCACCAAAACUUUUAAAUGCGGCUGAAAACGCCUGGAGGACACCAUCGGCCAGAUGUUUUUUCAGCUGAGCGCCAGUUUCUUCAGCCAAGCACUUUGGUAGCUGUGAUCAUAGAUAUGUAUAAAGACUAUGGCUGUGAUACUUGAGCUGUGAGCCUGUUGGUUGUUGUGAUACUUUUCCCGCCCCUCCUCCACUCUGAUUGGACAGCUGUGUAAGAACUGACAUUGACGAACGGAGCUUUUCACCCAAAGUUGAAUAUUUUUCAACUCUUGGCGCUCUUUUUCAACUCAACUGAGCGCAGAAAAAUGCUGAGUGCCGGUUUUCAGCACGGAAGAAAAUCGCUAGCUGCUGUUUUUUUUUUUUUUUUUUUGAAAAACACAGAUCUUCCAUUGGAAACAAUAAAAAAAAAAAAACGCCGGCCGCAGGCAAAGCUUUGGUGUGCACGCCCCCUAAUUAUUUUUGGCAUAAAGGAAAAAUCCUAAUUUUGACCAAUACAAUGUAUUGUUGGCUAUUGAUACAAAUAUGCAAUGUGACUUAUUACUGAUUUUGUGGUCCAGGGUCACAUAAGGAUGUCUACGUUUCUACAAGUGACUAUAGGAUUGUAGAUUCCUUAGACUACGUCUUAGGCAAUUACAAGCAAUACUGUAAACAACAACCUGGGUUGUAAAAAUGCUGGGUUAUUUUCAACCCAGUGUUUGGUCAAAAAGGGAACAACCCAGCAUUUUGGGUUGAAACAACCCAGCAUAGGUUAAAUUACAACUUAAGUUCUUGACCCUCAACCAUGGGUUAAAAAUAACCCAGCAUUUUUUAAGUGUAUAAAGAUCAAUACCACCCUGGGCUGUUCAGUUGAUACACUGUAAAAAAUUAUUUGCUGCCUUAAAUUUUUUUGUUGAAUCAACUCAAGUCAGGUCAGCUUACUAUUUAUCUUGACAAGAGAUGAGUUGCAACAACAAAGUUUACUUCUUUUAACUACAUUUUAUAAAUUUAAACAACUCAUCUCUAGUCAAGAUAAAUAACCGUGAAUUAAAAUGACUUGAGCUGAUCUGAGUUGAUUCAUACCGAGCCCCUAAGGUGACAUAGAGUAAAAAAAUCUAAAGUUUAGUUUCAUGUGCUCACGCGAAACCUUCAUGUGCAGAAUUUUUUUUAAAGUUUUGUUUUGUGUGCUCACGUGAAACUUUCGCAUGCUCACGUGAUACUUUCGCCUGCGCUCACGUGCGCUCGCAAAACUAAACUUUAUUUAAUUUUUUCUUCAUGUCCCCUUAGGGGCUCCGUAGAUUCAACUAAAAAUUUUAAGGCAGUAAAUCAUUUUUUACAGUCUUAAAGUGUUCCCAAACUACUGACCUGUGUGUUUCCCUAAACAUGGAUUUCAUGGAGUUCAACGAGCAAAGUGUAGCAUUGAACCUGAUUUUAUUAAUUGGGAAAUUAUUGAAUCAUGAAAAGCAUUUUACACCACACUGUAAAAGAAAAUGCAGGAACUUCGUUUUUAAAAGUCAAUUUUAAGUUUUAAGUUUUGACCUGUGAAUGAUUGACAUAACUUAUAAAAACUAGUUAAAGCUGUUUAACUUUUUUUCUUAAGUUCAAAUAUAAAAAUAUAUGUUAAUUUGACAAAAAUGCUGCAUUUUGUUUACAGUGCAGAGCUGAACCAGAGAUAUAUGUGAUUUUUACUGAAAUAGCUGGUUGGUAAACAUCUGACACAGCCUAGGACGGUGAUGUCAUCAAAAAUGUUGUUUUGAGGUUGUGCAAGUUAUUACAUUUUGACAAGAGAUUAAAUUUUUUGGAACAGCCAUGAAUUGGGGAAACGUGGGUUCAGAAAGCUAAUAGGGUGAAUUUUGGAUUCUGGUUAAUGUUGGUUGUCUUCAUACACGAUGGCUUUAUCGCUGCUGUUAAAUGUUCUGUGUGAAAUUCUGUGCUAUAAACGUAGCAUUCUCUCUCGACAGUACCAUGUAUCAACUACCUCUGUGUCCGUACAGUUAAUGUAUAAGAACUAUCAUAGAAUAUAUAUAUAUAUAUACAUGCAUACGAUAUGAAUGUAACUACAAAAAGUCAGUGUUUCCAGUCUUUUCCGUGUAAAACUCAUUCCUGCCUCCUGUCGCUUUGUUUGGAUAAUUUGUGUGUAGAAAUGUCAUAUGUAUUCAGAUAUAACAGGGCCGAACAGAACCCGAUAUAUACCAUAAUCUAUACACAAUAUAAGCUUUGAGUGUUUGUUAAUAACAUAAUGAUUAAUGGUUAUUGCUGCUAUUCCAUCUGUGCCCAAAAUUCCUGUGUGUGUAAAAGAUUUGUUACAGAGAGACAUAACCUUCCCUGCUUUAUGUCUUCAAUGUGUAUAAAUGCAAACGUAGGUCUUAUCACACACGUACAGUAUAUAAAAAAACACAACAGCCAUAAAGCAAUGUGCUAUAUAUUAAUAUAAAUAAAGUGAAAUGACUUA